ACUUAAUGCCGCCAUACAAAGUAAAAAAAUAAAAAACCAGCAACAUGAACUAACAACAACAAUAGAUGAGCCAUAAUUGAAAAAUAAAACCGACAAUGACGGCCGCAACAGCAGCAGGGGCAGCAUAGAUACUUACAAACUGCAAGAACAUCAAAAGAAAGUCGCAACCGAAGUCAGCUGCAUAUUAACUUUGAACCUAAAGUGUAUAAGCACGCAAAAAUAUGUACGUAUUACUAAGCUUGAAAAGUUCGUCAUACGUACUGUGAGAAAAUUUUCAACAAAAUCCAACUUCCAGCUAAGCUACCGCAAGCUCUAAGACAGAAAAUUACAUAUCAGGCACCUUUUUAUUGUAUGCGCGUUUUCAGCGCCCUGAAGCACGACAGCAGAUUCAAACUACGAAAUUUAGCUGCAUUAGGUAUUAGCCACUAGUAGAAUAAGUGUUAAAUUAAACAAGCACCAAAAGCGCCACAAAGCGCGCGACAACACUAUCGACAACUAAUGGAUCCAUAUCAUCAUAUCAGACAUCAUUAUCCACCCACGCGCCCAGAAUUGCAGCAGAAAUGCAAUCGCGGCUCACAUUCGAGUGACACUAGCUCAGCGUACAGUGGCAGUGAUACCAUGGCAUCUGUGUACGGCUCAUCAAUGGACGCCGAGGAGAUUGACCUCUCUGGCUUGGUGGAGUCGGUGGUUGACUCUGACGAGGAGGACUUAGCCGAGAGUAUGGAUAGCUUAAAUGUUCGCGAUGCUGUGCGCGAUUGCCUGGAGAAAGACCCCUCUGAACGCACUGAGGAAGAUGUAGAAAUUCUGCUCGAAUUCACACAGGGUCUAAAGGCUUUCACCAAUAUUACACUAGCCGUACGACGUGCGCUCUGCGCCGUUAUGGUCUUUGCUGUGGUCGACAAGGCCGGUACGGUGGUGAUGUCCGAUGGCGAGGAGCUCGAUUCGUGGUCGGUGCUCAUCAAUGGCGCUGUGGAAAUCGAGCAUGCGAAUGGCUCGCGUGAGGAGUUACAAAUGGGCGAUUCAUUUGGCAUAUUGCCCACUAUGGAUAAGCUGUAUCAUCGUGGUGUGAUGCGCACAAAGUGCGAUGACUGUCAGUUUGUUUGUAUAACACAAACCGAUUACUAUCGCAUACAGCAUCAGGGUGAGGAGAAUACGCGACGGCAUGAGGAUGAGGACGGACGCAUUGUAAUGGUCACUGAGCUGCGUCAAAUUGGCAGCAAUGACCAUGCUAGCGCUGGCAGUAAUACAUCCGCGACGAGCGCAGCGGGCAUGAAGCGUGGGCAUGUGGUGAUACGCGGCACGCCGGAACGUUUGCUGCAGCAGCUAGUGGAGGAGAAUUCAAUGACUGAUCCGACAUAUGUAGAGGACUUUUUGCUAACGCAGCGCAUUUUCAUCAAGAACCCACAAGAGCUGACACAGAAGCUGCUCGCAUGGUUCGAGUGUGAUGCUGAGCCGCCGAAGGGCAGCAGCGCUUCGCCACAAGAGAUUAGAGAUCGCGUCACACGCGUUGUACUGCUGUGGGUGAACAAUCACUUUACCGAUUUUGAGGCUGAUCAUGAAAUGAUGGAGUUCCUGGAGGUGUUCGAGGCUGGCUUGGAACAUACGCGGCUGUUGAGUCAACUGCGUUUGUUGCAUAUAGCGUGCGCGGCCAAGGCGCGCAUGCGCAGUUGUACGUUGACGCGCUCAUCUCGCGAUGAGCCAUUGAAUUUCAAUAUAAUCGGCGGCUAUGAGAUGCGCGGCAUUACGGCAGCCACCGGUGGAGGCGGUUGUGGCAUCUACAUUGCACAUGUAGUGCCCGGCUCAAAGGCACAAGAUAUUGGGCUUAAGCGCGGCGAUCAAAUACACGAAGUAAACGGGCAGUCAUUCGAGCAUGUGACUAGCAAACGCGCCAUGGAAAUACUAAUGGCCAGCACACAUCUGAGUAUAACAGUGAAAAGCAAUCUGCUAGGUUUCAAGGAAAUGAUGUUGGCUAUUGAGCAGGGCGGGAACGGAAGUGGCGGUAGCAAUGGCGCUGGUACGCCGAUCGGUAGUGGCAGUGGCAGCAGCGGUGGCUCGCUGGGCUCCAAGUCACUGCGCAGUCCGCGGCGAAUAUGCGCCAAUGACAUUGCAAAGUUGCACGGCCGCUGCAUGUUGGAUGAUAUGACAACUACAAAUCGUUCGCAUAUACUGCGACUCAGCUCGGUUGAUAUGCUGUUGCCCACAGAUCAGACGGACUGCUGUCCACCCGCGACACCACCGGCGGUCAUGCCGCAGCAGCCUAGCGGCGGUGGUGGCAAUAUGGCCAGCAAUUUUAUGUCCAAUCUGUUGCAGAGUGUCAGCAAUGCUUCAGGGCGCAAAGAUGCGCAAACGAAUUGCAAUGAUGGCAUUGGUUGCAGCGGCGGUGGUGGUGGUGGUGGCGCAAAGGGUGGCGGUUUCAUGACGCUUGCGCCAAAGCGGCGGUUACAAAAAGCGCUGGCGAAAAUGAAUUUGUUGCAGCACAAAAGCAUCGGCGGUUCGGGUUUAAAUGAUUCUGUUGAUAUAGCCACGCCUACUGAAACGAUGUCACAAAAAGGCAAACUAACAACAUCCUCAUCCAGUUCCUCCUCCACUUGCGGUGGCGGCGGCGGCAAUCGCCUUUACCAAUCGCAGUCCAAUCCCGAUUUGAGUUCAUCGCUGCUUUACGAAGACUCCAAUUCCCUGGCAACCAGCACUGCAACAGCGCCCACGCCCACACCCAACUACCUGACUGCCUCCAUGCAUCGACCUUCGGCUGUUUCCACAACAAGUUCUGCAAUGCUACCUGAUUAUCCUGAGCAUGUAUUAAAAGUCUUUAAAGCAGACCAGUCAUGUAAAUAUUUACUCAUUAACAAGGAAACGACGGCGCACGAAGUGGUCAUGCUAGCGCUGCAGGAGUUCGGCAUCCACGAUCCGAGCUCGAAUUAUUCACUAUGUGAGGUUAGCGUCGGCGAAGGUGGCAUGGUGAAACAGCGACGGCUGCCCGAUCAGCUGCAAAAUCUCGCCGAACGGAUUGGCUUUGCUGCGCGCUACUAUCUCAAAACAAAUGGCAGCACUGAGACGCUGGUGCCGGACGAAUUAGCGCUAGAACUGGUGCGCGAGUCAAGUGUACACUUUUUACAGCUGAACGCCUACGAAUUGGCCAUACAGUUAACGCUGCAGGAUUUCGCUAUCUUCCGGCAAAUCGAAUCUACUGAAUAUAUCGAUGAUUUAUUCACUCUGCAAACAAAGUAUGGGGUGCCGAUGUUGUCGAAAUUCGCCGAGCUCGUCAACCGUGAAAUGUUUUGGGUGGUGACCGAGAUCUGCAGCGAGCACAACAUUGUGCGCCGCAUGAAAAUUGUCAAACAGUUCAUAAAAAUCGCACGCCACUGCAAGGAGUGUCGCAACUUCAACUCAAUGUUCGCCAUUAUAUCCGGUCUGGGGCAUGCGGCUGUGUCACGUCUGCGACUCACUUGGGAAAAAUUGCCUUCUAAGUACCAACGUCUCUUCUCCGACCUGCAAGACCUAAUGGAUCCAUCACGCAAUAUGUCGAAAUACCGACAACUGGUUUCCUCCGAACUGCUCGCACAACAUCCCAUCAUACCAUUCUAUCCAAUUGUGAAAAAGGAUCUCACCUUCAUUCAUCUCGGAAAUGAUACGCGUAUAGAUGGUCUUAUCAACUUUGAAAAAUUGCGCAUGCUCGCCAAGGAGGUACGUCUACUGACGCAUAUGUGCUCCUCGCCCUACGAUCUGCUCGCCAUACUCGAACUCAAAGGUCAAUCGCCCUCGAAUGCGCUCUUCUCGCUCAAUCAGCUUUCUACUUCACAAAGUGCCGGUGGCACACACAGCACCGUCAUCGCCGCCAAUGCCGGUCAGUCGACAAUCAAGCGCCGCAAGAAGUCAACAGCUGCGCCCAACCCCAAGAAAAUGUUCGAAGAAGCACAAAUGGUGCGUCGUGUCAAGGCCUAUCUUAACAAUUUAAAAAUCAUCAACGACGAGGAUGCACUGCACAAAUUCUCGCUCGAAUGCGAACCUGCUUCUAAUUCACAAACGCAUGGUGGCAGCAGCAGUAGUACGCGUGGCGAAAGUGGUUUGGGUCGUGAUGGCACCGGAAAUUCGUCGAUGCGCAGUGGUGAUCAGUUGAGCAUCUAUUCGCACACUUCUUCGUCUUCGGCGCCCAACUCGUCAUUGUCUUUGCGUAAACGUCAUCCCUCCUCGCCGACACUCUCCACAACCAGCUCGACAUCGUCGACCAGCGAUCAUCACAAUCGUCGUAAUAUGGCGCACAAUAACAACUCAAAAUUUGGCAUCGCCUCACCGCAAGCGGUCAAAAAGAUACUUGCGCUCUCCGACCCAACAAAAGUGCGCCCACAUCAGCCGUUUACACAGCGUCAUUCGGGCAUGCCACCACCGCCGCCACCACUGCUAGUUAAUACGCCACAUCAUAUGCUCGCGCAUGCGUUCACCUCGACGGCGGCUGGCAUGCCGCUGACUGCAACGGCUGGUGUGUCGACUACGCCAAGUCCAUGUUCGCAUCGACGUUUGGCGUCCGGCAGCAAUUCGAUGCCAGCUGGCAAUAUGGUACCCGCGCGUGCCAUACAUGAACGUUCACAUUCGGAUACGCCAACGCCACCAUUACCAUCUGUUGAUUUGUCAGUAGAGAGCAGCAGCGUAACUACAUUUCGGGACUUGCCAUUGCGCAAAUCUGUAACUUCCGGCUCGGUUUCAUCCAGCGACAGCGGACACGGCUCAUAUGCCCAACAACACGAUACAAGUAGCUCGGUUUACACGGCUGCCGAUUGUCGAUUGCUCCAGCAAAUAUCCAAUACAGCGGCGCGUAAUUUGAGUGUCGGCAGCAACAGUAGUACCAGCAGUGGUGCUAGCCAAUGCAGCAAUAGUAGUACACCAACUACGCCAGCAACAACGCCCAUUCCACCGCCGCCACCGUAUCAUAUGUUGCGCAGCGCUACGCACAAUGCCGUCAGUAAUCUGUAUCAUGCGAAUGCAACAGGUGCAGCUCCACUGCCACCGCCGCCAUACGUCCGUUUACAUUGCGCGGAAAAUAUGGUUGCACCGCUGAUGCAUUCGGCACACACACGACAUUCCGCUAUGCAUGGUGGCCCCCCAAAUUUCGUUGAUGGCAACAAUAAAUGCCCGAUGUGCCCAACAAUGUCGCCACCAUCAACUAUGAAUCAAUAAAGUGUUUCAAAAACUUGUUUGAGAUUAUGUGUAAUUUUAGAUUUAAGCGAAAACAAACCAAAUGCCGAACUUACUUUUUGGUUGUGUUGUAAAUGCAAAUAAAUGACAACCACACU